CAGUCUUUUGUUGUUUGUUUGUUUCUAAUACCGACUCCAACCAGCAGUCUCUCUCUUGUUUUAGUCUCACAUUUUCCACUUCUCUAUCUCUACAAACCUUUAGGUGUGAUUAAGGAUCCGAGAGUUGAAUCAUCAUUCUGUAUUCAUGGCUACUCAAGGUCAAGUCAUCACCUGCAAAGCUGCGGUGGCCUGGGAACCCAACAAGCCAUUAGUGAUUGAAGAUGUUCAGGUAGCUCCACCACAAGCUGGUGAAGUUCGAAUCAAGAUAUUAUAUACUGCUCUUUGUCACACUGAUGCUUAUACAUGGAGUGGCAAGGAUCCUGAGGGACUCUUCCCUUGCAUUCUUGGUCAUGAGGCCGCUGGGGUUGUUGAGAGUGUUGGUGAAGGAGUUACUGAAGUUCAACCUGGGGACCAUGUUAUCCCUUGUUACCAAGCAGAAUGCAAGGAAUGCAAGUUCUGUAAAUCAGGAAAGACAAAUCUCUGUGGCAAAGUCCGGUCUGCUACUGGAGUUGGCGUUAUGAUGAGUGAUCGCCAGAGUCGUUUCUCAGUGAAUGGAAAACCCAUCUAUCAUUUUAUGGGAACCUCAACAUUUAGUCAGUACACUGUUGUACAUGAUGUCAGUGUUGCAAAGAUUGACCCAAGUGCACCUUUAGAUAAAGUAUGUCUGCUAGGUUGUGGUGUUCCCACUGGUCUUGGGGCAGUUUGGAAUACAGCUAAAGUUGAGGCAGGUUCAAAUGUUGCUGUCUUUGGUCUUGGGACAGUUGGCCUAGCUGUUGCAGAGGGCGCAAAAGCAGCUGGUGCAUCACGUAUAAUUGGCGUUGACAUUGACAGCAAAAAGUUUGAAACAGCAAAGAAUUUUGGGGUUUCAGAAUUUGUGAACCCAAAGGACCAUGAUAAACCUAUUCAGCAAGUCCUUGUUGACAUGACGGAUGGUGGAGUUGACUACAGUUUCGAGUGCAUAGGUAACGUGUCCGUGAUGAGAGCUGCUCUGGAGUGUUGUCAUAAGGGUUGGGGGACAUCAGUUAUCGUGGGUGUUGCGGCAUCAGGUCAAGAGAUAUCUACUCGCCCUUUUCAGUUAGUCACUGGACGUGUUUGGAAGGGAACUGCCUUUGGUGGAUUCAAGAGUCGUUCUCAAGUACCAUGGCUUGUUGAAAAGUACAUGAAGAAGGAAAUCAAGGUUGAUGAGUACAUAACUCACAGUCUGACCCUUGGUGAGAUCAAUAAGGCCUUCGACCUGAUGCAUGAAGGAGGUUGUCUUCGAUGUGUACUUGAAGUGCACCCUUGAGGUGAUUCAGAUGUUUCUGAUCCCUAAUCAUGCCUUAUAUGUAAAAGCAAAACUCUAGUGUCAGUCUCUUCUGUCUGUUUCUCAUUUCAAGCUUAAAGUCUAAUGUCUAAGGUUAUCAACUUACUCUACAAACAACCAACUGUGUUUUCUUUCAUGUCGACCUUUUUGUGUUGGGCUUGGAUCCUAUUUCGUCUUGAGACUAUACAGUGUACCUGGGAACGAUUUUUUGGGGACCAGCCUUUUUUAUGAGGGGACCAUGUUUUAUAA